CUUCUCGUGAAUUAAGUCGUGCGCUGCCUCCACGGAGCAUCGGCGUCGUGCUGUGCCUUGUGAUGAGAGUUGAGCGGAAGAGAAGGAGUCCGAGAUCUGCUGUUGAGGAUUGAGAUGAUCGUCUCGGCUCUUCUGACGUCGGUGGGGAUCAAUUUUGGCCUCAGCGUCCUCUUCUUCGCCCUCUACUCUGUGCUCCGGAAGCAGUCUUGCAACGUCAAAGUCUACGCCCCGCGGCUCGUGGCAGAGGGCCGCGCCCGACUCCGCGGCCGGUUCAGCAUCGAAACCUUGCUGCCUUCUGCCGGCUGGGUGCGUAGGGCAUGGCAGCCCACCGAGGAAGACCUCUACAACUCGUGCGGCCUCGAUGGAGUCGUCUUCAGUCGCAUAUUCGUGUUCAGCUUGAGGGUUUUUUCUCUUGCUGCAAUCAUAGGAAUAUUCGUUCUCCUUCCUGUUAAUUACUUGGGCGAUCACCUUCGGAAUAUCGACUUUUCUGAUCUUCCCAACAAGUCUCUUGAUUUGUUCACUAUCUCAAAUGUGAAAGAUGGCUCUAAUUGGUUAUGGUGUCAUUUUUCUGCUGCAUACAUAAUAACAGGUGUUAUGUGUUACCUUCUGUAUGCUGAGUAUAAAUAUAUAGCAGAGAAGAGGAUUGCCUACUUUAAUGCUUCAAAACCACAGCCACAACAUUUUACUGUCCUUGUUCGUGAUAUUCCUUUGCAUGCUGGGAAUUCUUUAAGUGACACUGUUGAAGCAUUUUUUACAGAGUAUCAUCCAUCAGACUACCUGUCCCAUACUGUGGUUUGCCGAACAAGCAAGCUUCAAGGUCUCAUAACAGAUGCUGAGAAGGUCUAUAGGAAACUCACCCACCUGAAAUCAACUUCCAGUUCCUCACAAAAUCAAAAUCGUAGUGGCUUCUUUGGGAUGUUUGGAAAACGUGUUGAUCUUGUGCGUGAUUAUUCCAAGAAAUUGGAAGAUAUAGAACAGAAUGUCAGAUUAGUGCAGUCAGACUCACGGAGAGAGGAAGUCCCUGCUGCUUUUGUUUCCUUCAAAUCUCGAUAUGGUGCAGCUAAGGCUCUUCACAUCCAACAAUCUGUCAAUCCCACUGAAUGGGUGACAGAAUGGGCUCCUGAGCCUCGUGAUGUAUACUGGCCUUUUUUCUCUACAUCGUUCAUGCAAAGAUGGAUUUCCAAGUUGAUCGUCUUUGUGGCAUCAGUUCUAUUAGUAAUUUUGUUCCUUUUAGUGGUUGCUUUUGUUCAAAGUUUAACUUACUUGGAGGAAUUGGAGGCUUUGUUUCCUUUUUUGGGGAAGAUAUUGAAAAUAACUGUCAUCAGUCAGGUUGUAACAGGUUAUCUACCGAGCCUAAUUCUUCACUUGGUGGCAGCUCUUGUACCACCUAUAGUGAAGCUUUUCUCUGCAAUGCAAGGAUAUGUUGCCGUUAGUCAGAUUGAGAAAAGUGCAUGCAAAAAAAUGCUUUUGUUUACAAUAUGGUUCCUAUUUUUUGCAAAUGUGCUCACCGGAUCAGUUACAAGUGAAAUAGAGUUUUUAUUUGAUCCAAAAACUAUUCCUUCAAGGUUAGCUGUUGCGGUGCCUGCACAGGCUUCAUUUUUCAUUGCUUAUGUGGUAACAUCAUGGACUAGUUUAUCUUGGAAACUCAAUCGUACAAUCCCUCUUAUCAGUGAUUUCAUUUCAAGGCACUGUUGCAGGAGAAAAGAUGACAAAUUUGAAAUACCAUCUAUCCCAUACUACAGUGAAAUACCAAGGAUUCUAUUAUUUGUGCUUCUUGGGCUCACUUACUUUCUUUUAGCUCCAAUGAUACUGCCAUUUAUCUUGGUUUUCUUCUGCAUCGGUUACAUUAUCUACAGGAAUCAGCUGUUAGAUGUUUACCAACCCAAGUAUGACACAGGCGGCAGGUUUUGGCCUGUGGUGCAUAAUUCUACCAUCUUCUCUCUAGUACUGAUGCAUAUCAUUGCAGUUGGUAUAUUUGGAGUGAAAAAGCUACCCGUUGCUGCAAUCCUAAUUGUGCCUCUUCCAGUGCUUACCCUCUUGUUUAAUGACUAUUGCCGAAAGCGAUUUCUUCCUGUUUUCCGCAAAUUCUCCGCCGAGACUUUGAUAAAAAGGGAUAGAGAAGAUCUGAGCGAGCCAGCAAUGGGUGAGUUCUUGGACGAGCUUGUGACUGCAUACCGCGAUCCAGCAUGGAUGCCUAUUCAUCAUUUGAGCUCGGAUGGUGAGCAUACUUCUCCAUUACUCUCGUGAAAAAGUUCAAGAACAAAAAAGAAUCCCGGCUUCGCAUUGCUAUGCGGAAUGUAGGCUGUCAUGGUGUUUAUAUAUGUUUUCCAUUUGGGAAUUAUUGUACUAAACAAUCCUAUUGUUCAUGGCUGAUUGCCAUUAUGUAUAAUCAUCAUGUUCUUGUAAACAUAUUUUUGAUUGUUAAUAAGUUGUGCCUUUAGAUUA